UACAGAAGCACUCAGCACAAGCACUAGUGCACACCUCCGAACUCAGAAUCCUGCUACUGAGAGGCAAAAGCACAAGCACACGAUGGCAUUGAAGUCAGCUGCAGUUCUCCUCAUAGCCGCCACACUCUGGUGCUACUCAGAAGGGAACAAUGAUGGUGUUAUUGACUGCUGCUUGUCGACCAGCAAUGUCCCUAUACCUUGGAAAAUAGUGACAUCGUACAGAGACCAGAGAGUUCAAGAGGGAUGUGCUAUCCCAGCCACUGUGUUCAUCACCACUAAGCAAAUGGCUUUGUGUGCACCUCCAACAGCCAAAUGGGUGAAAAAACUAAAAUCCAAACUCGAUAGAAAAUCCAAGAAAACACCCAAGAAACCAUCCAAGAAGCUAUCCAAGAAAGGAAGCAGGAGGAGCCAGUGAAAAGAUAUUACAGCUGAGUACAACUUUCAAGGCUCCUGAGA